UUGUUAGAAGAAAUGGACAAAGAAUUUGGAGUAGGAGCAUUAAUUGAAGAAGAAUUUAAUAUGAAAAAAAAAGCAGAAAAGAAUUAUGGCUCAAAGGAUUUGAAAGGCCUUGUUGUUGGUCAUUCUCAAGAAAAAUUUGAGGAAGGACAAAAUAUAAUUCUUACUUUAAAAGACAAAGGUGUUCUGGAAGAGAGUGAAGAUGUUUUAGAAAAUGUUAAUUUUAUUGAUAAUGAAAAAGCGGCAAAAAAUAUUGAAAAUAAAUUAAGGAAGAGUGAUUAUAAACCAUAUGAUGAUGAGUUUGAUGAAUUUGGAAUGGUUAAAAAGAAAACUCUUUUGUCAAAAUAUGAUGAAGAAAUUGAUGGUGUGAAGAAGGAAACUUUUGUUAUUGGUGCCUCAGUUGUUGAUCGUGAAAAACAGUUGGAACUGAUAAGAAUGAAAUUGAAACAGCAGCAAGAGGUAACAUUAGAUCUACCUGCUUUAAAAAUAGCCAAUGAAUAUUACACCACAGAAGAAAUGGUUCGUUUCAAGAAGCCUAAGAAAAAAGUGCGUAAAGUAAGAAAGAGAGAAUUGCUGAAGCCAGAAGACUUGAUACCACUACCAGGAGAAAAUGCUGGCAUAGAUCACGGUUCUCGAAAGACUACUAAGAAUGUUGCAGUAAAACAGAGCAAUAAAGUAAAUGAAAAAGAAGAAGAAUAUUUAUAUAACUCACUUACAGAAGCUGUAGAUAUGGAAAUAGAUAAAAAUGAUCUGGAGGAACCUGAAAUUAUGGGACCAGAAGAAGAUUUAACUGGUGUACCAGUAGAAGAAGAUAAAGCAGAGCUGGAAUUGCAGAUGGCAUUGACAAAAGCUAGAAAACUUAAACAGAAAGAAAUAUUAUCAUCUAGAUCAGAAAAGGUAGCUGAAGCUAUUAAGAACUCUGAAAUCAAUUCAACUGGCGCAUCAUUAAGUCAAAACAAAAUUGGGUCAAUUGUGUUGAAUUCCACUGCAGAAUUUUGUCGUACUUUAGGAGAAAUACCCACCUAUGGAAUGUCUGGAAACAGAGAUGAAGAAGCUGAAGAAUUAAUGGAUUAUGAGAAAGAACUGGUUGAAGAAAAGAAACGUCUGGAACAAGAAGCACAAAACAGGGGAGCUUGGAAUGAAGUGGACAUCGAAGAAAAACCAGUUGAAAUUAAAAAUAGAGAAAACGAACCAAUUCUAGAAGAAGAACCUGAUGUCAGUUGUGGUUUAGCAGGAGCUUUAGCAUUAGCUAUGAAGAAAGGUUACUUAGAACAAGAAUCUAAAAAACUGUCAAGUGCUCCAAGACCAAGUCAAUUACAAGCACAAACUUAUACCAUAGAAGAAAAGUUUUAUGAAGAUGACAAAUUUGGGAAACGAGAUCGUUACACGGGACCGAUUCAAGAUUUCAAAGAGAAAGACACAUACAAACCAGAUGUCAAAUUGGAAUAUAUUGAUGACAGUGGUAGAAUAUUGACAGCAAAAGAAGCAUUUAGAUAUUUAUCUCAUAAAUUUCACGGAAAAGGACCUGGGAAAAAUAAAGUCGACAAAAGAAUGAAGAAAUUAGAUCAAGAUGCGCGUCUGAAACAAAUGAGUUCGACAGACACACCUUUAAACACAUUAAAAAUGCUUCAAGAAAAGCAGAAAGAAUUGCAGACACCUUAUAUUGUUUUAAGUGGUGGCAACAAAACUCUCACACAGACAAGUUUGGCAAAGCCAAAGUGAAGAGGAACUUUUUUAUUGAUUUUCUUUUUUUGUGCAUGUCUUAAAUAUGUUGUGUGUUUGUACGUUACCAGUAAAUAAAGUUGUAUAAUAACUUUA